UACCAAUCUUUGUGAUCUAUCAAUCACUUGUCGUAGAAAGUCUUGGAAACAUGAAAUUCUUGGUUAUACUGUUAGUGGCAUUCAGCCUGGUGAGCUUGGUGUUCUCCAGACCGAUGCCAGAGGACGAGGAAGGAGGUACCGAGGAGGAAGGUGCCGAAGAAGCUGGCGAUGAUGCCGGCAGCGAGGGUGGAGAUGAGUCGGCGGACGAUGCUGGAGGCGAAGAUGGCGGAGAAGAGACCGGUGGUGACGAUGCUGGAGGCAGUGGAGGAGACGGUCAAAAUGAUCCCGCUAACACGUACAAAGAGGUGGUUGCUCUGCUGGAUAAGGAUACCAAGGUGGACAACAUCCAGAGCGAGUACCUUCGGCCGGCACUGGAUAACACGCUGCAAGCAGAACUGAGGAACCCGGUGGUUGAAGCCAUUGGUAAAGUUGGUGAUUAUUCGAAGAUUCAGGAAUGCUUCAAAUCCAUGGGCACCGACGUGAAGAAGGUGGUUGAUGAGGAAGAGAAGACAUUCAAGGAUUGUAAUGCCGAAAAGAAGAGCGAAUACGAGUGCUCGGAGGCCAGUACCAAGUCGGCCAAGGACAAAAUAGCCCAAAUAACGACACAAAUUAAAUCGUGCGUUUCGUCCAAAGGGAAUUAACGGUGGAUACAUUGACAAAUGAUAUAUUGAUAUGAAUUUGAAUUGAAAAUAAAAGUUUUGUGCGGCCUUUA